UCAAUGUCCGACUGCUUCCUGGAAGAUGUCUCGUGACUAUUUUGGAUUUUCUUUCAUCUCGAGAAGUGUAAGAAAUGGCAGCAAUGGGAACACGGUGGCCCUCAACAACCCAGCAGACAUCUCUGUUAUUGUCAUCUACUUUCUGGUUGUCUUAGCUGUGGGAAUAUGGGCUAUGGUACGCACCAACCGCUCCACCGUGGGUGGAUUUUUCCUCGCAGGAAGGAGUAUGGUGUGGUGGCCGAUCGGAGCAUCACUUUUUGCUAGCAACAUUGGCAGUGGACACUUUGUGGGACUCGCAGGUUCAGGUGCAGCUGCAGGAAUAGCCACUGGUGGAUUUGAAUGGAAUGCUCUUAUUAUUAUUGUAUUACUGGGAUGGAUCUUUGUGCCCAUUUACAUCAAAGCUGGGGUGGUUACUAUGCCAGAGUAUCUGAAGAAAAGGUUUGGAGGGUCUCGCAUUCGAAUCUAUCUGUCAAUGCUCUCUCUGUUGCUCUACAUUUUCACUAAGAUCUCAACAGACAUGUUUUCUGGAGCCAUUUUCAUCAACCAGGCUCUUGGGCUGAACAUCUACGUUGCAGUUAUUGCACUCCUACUGAUCACUGCAGUGUACACUGUCACAGGUGGACUCGCUGCAGUGAUAUAUACAGACACCUUACAAACCUUCAUUAUGCUGAUUGGGUCAUUCAUUCUGAUGGGCUUUGCAUUCAAUGAGGUGGGGGGUUACGAGAGGUUCCAAGACCUCUACAUGCAAGCAGUCCCAACAAUUAAGGGAAAUUUCAGCUCAGAGUGUUACGAGCCUCGACCAGACUCCUUCCACCUUUUUAGGGAUCCUGUGGCCGGAGACCUGCCAUGGCCAGGCAUGGUGUUUGGACUCACCAUCCAGGCCACUUGGUACUUUUGCAACGACCAGGUGAUUGUUCAACGUUGCCUGUCUGCUAAGAAUCUCUCUCACGUAAAGGGUGGUUGUAUCCUGUGUGGCUACUUAAAACUGCUGCCGAUGUUUCUCAUGGUUUUUCCUGGGAUGAUCAGCAGAAUUCUCUAUCCUGAUGUGGUGGCAUGUGUGGACCCAGAAGAAUGUCAGUCAUACUGUGGCUCUAGUGUGGGAUGUAGCAACAUUGCAUAUCCCAAGCUAGUGGUGGAUCUCAUGCCCGAUGGUUUGCGAGGUCUAAUGCUGUCUGUGAUGUUGGCGUCUCUGAUGAGCUCCCUCACCUCCAUCUUUAACAGUGCAAGCACUCUCUUCACAAUGGAUAUCUACACCAAGAUCCGCCCCAGAGCCAAAGAGAGGGAGCUCAUGAUUGCUGGCAGAUUGUUCACUUUGGGUUUGAUUGGUGUGAGCAUUGCAUGGAUCCCUGUGGUGCAAACUGCUCAGAGUGGUCAGCUCUUUGACUAUGCCCAGUCCAUCACCAGCUACCUGGCUCCACCAAUUGCAGCCGUCUUCAUGCUCGCCAUAUUUUGCAAACGUGUCAAUGAGACUGGUGCCUUCUAUGGACUCAUGAUUGGUCUGCCAAUAGGCCUGUCCAGGAUGAUAACUGAGUUUGUUUAUGGAACGGGUAGCUGUGCUAACCCCAGUGACUGCCCUACAAUUAUUUGCGGCGUGCACUACCUGUACUUCGGCAUCAUCCUGUUUGUGUUGUCCUGCAUCGCCAUCGUUGGAAUAUCUCUAAUGACCAAACCCAUUGAAGACAAGCAUCUGCAUCGACUGUGCUGGAGCCUUAGGAACAGCACUGAAGAGAGGGUGGACCUGGAACAAGAUGCCUGGGUCGGUGGGAAUGACGACAGCAUAAAAGAAAAAGAACCAAAGAAAGAACAAGGCAUCUGUAAGAAAGCACUGUUGUGUUUCUGUGGGCUGGAGGAGAGCGAAGCUCCGAAAUUAAGCGCCGAAGAAGAGGCCGAGCUGCAGAAGCAGCUCACAGACACCACAGAAGUGCCUUUGUGGAGAAAAGUGGCAAACACCAAUGCAAUCAUACUUUUAUGUGUGGCUAUGUUUUGCCAUGGCUUUUAUGCUUAAAGAAACUGCAAGUCACCUUAUUAUGAAGCUUGUCAUUGUUAUAUAUUGUAAUUUUGACAAAAAACAUAUUUUUUUAUUAUUCAAAUUUUUAUAUGUACAUGUUUCAUGCUAUACACAGUAUUUUGGUCAUGCAUUUUACUUGAGGGAGGAAACCCUCUAAAUAUUGUUUAAUAUUUUGCACUUCAUUCUGUUUAAGUUCACAGAAAAUAAAAAUAAUAAUCACCAUGAACUGUUUGUCAGACCUCAAAACACACAAAGGAUGUGAAGCCACCUUCAUGUUUAUAUCAAUGGUUUUAUUUUUUGUUUUUUUUGGGUAAAAUGUUGCUGUUUAUUCAAUAAAGUUGUCCAGCUUCCAUUUGCCCUAUCUGACAUAAGGAUGGUCUCUGAAGCUUUUAACGUAAAGAAACAUACUUGACGUUUUUAACGUUUUUUUUUUUCUUUUAAUUGAGAAACAACUGUUGUUAUGGUUAAUGGGUAAAAGCAUAGGGGUCCUAACUUUUUGCAUAGAGGGCCAGAUUUGGUGAGGUGGAAGUAUUUUUAACUAUUAUAGUAGCAUUAAAUUUUAAUGACAA